AGGGUCUCUGUGUUCUGCAUCCCCUGCUGAGCUCACCCCUGGCCUUCAGGGACCUUGGUCCUAGAGCCUAUGGGGCCAGGUGGGACCGUUGGCUGGGGCAGGAGUAACAGUGGAUCCCUGUUGAGCCGUGACCUUCUCUGCCUCCUCCAGCAUCCCCGCGGCCCCCCCUUCCUGGUGCCUGAGACAUCUCCUGGGAUUAGCUGGGAUCAGCUCAGCUCAGGGGCAGAUUCACCUGAAGAGGCAGAGGCAGCCGGAUGGUUUAGAGGCAUCCCCCUGUUGGGCUUCAUCUUCCUGCUGCCCCUGUCCAUCCCGUGGGCGCGGAUCUCGGUGGGCUGGCUGGCCGUGGUGCACUACCUGGCCUGCGUGGUGCCCCAGCUGGGCAGUGUGCUCUACCACCUCUUCAUGAACCACGAGGGGGGCCCGGCCGUCUACCACACCCUGCUGACCCUCGACAUGUGCGGGGUCUGCAUGGUCAACACGCUGGGUGCCCUUCCCAUCAUCUACUGCACCCUUGCCUGCUCCCCAGUUCCCCGCAGCGCCGCCCUGCUGGCCUACACGGCGCUGUCCAGCUACGCCAUCAUCUGCGCGGUGACGGCCCACUCCAACGUGCGGCGCCUGCGCUCCUUCGCCUGGCAGGCCCUCUUCCGCUUCUUCUUCUUCUACCUGCGCUGGGUGGGCCUGGGCACAGGCCACCCCUCCUCGCUGCGCUCGUAUCUCAUCAUGGAUGGCCUGGCCCUGCUGGGGGGCGUCAUCAACGUCUCCCGCAUGCCUGAGCGCUGGCAACCCGGCCGCUUCGACUACUGGUUCAACAGCCACCAGAUCAUGCACGUGCUGGUGGUGGUCAGCAUCCUCUACCUCCACUGGGGGGUGGUGGCCGACUUGCUGUGGGUCACCAGUUAUGCCUGCCCCCAGGACUGACCGGGCCCGCCAGCCAGCGCGGAAUGGUGUGGUCUUGUGGCUGCAUCCCUCCAGGUCACCACACGAUGGAUUCCCGUUGGCCAAGGGGUCUUCUGGGUGGCCGGUGGUGGAUUCUCAUUGGCCAAGAUGUCUUCUUGAUCCACUCCCGUUGGCCAACAAUGGAUUCCCAUUGGCCAAGGCGCCGUCUCCAGUCCUUUUGGCCAAGGGGUCUUCUGGAUGGCCAAUGAUGGAUUUCUGGUGGUUUUGGUGACUUCUGGAUCAACUCCCAUUAGCUAAGGGGUCUUCUGGCUCAGCAGAGCAGGGCUCCCACUGGCUGAGAGUCAUUGUGGAUCACCAGGGUUGGAUUUCCAUGGUCGAGGGCUCUUCUCAGUGCCAGCAAUGACUUCCAUUGGCUAGACUCUGGAUAGACUCCCUUUGGCUGAUGAGGGUGCUUCUGGGUCACUAGCCACAGACUUCCAUUAACGAAGCUCUAGCCAGAUGCCCACUGUCCGUGGGUCAUGCUGGACCACCAGGGAUGGAUUUCUAUUGGCUGCGAUCCUUUGGAUCCUUCUGGAUCACCAGCAGUGCUCGCCCAUAGGGACUGGGGGCAGGGUGGGGGGCUGCGAGGGGGCACUAUUUUGAGGAGCUAGGGGGUGGAGAAGCCCCUCUCCCCCUUUUAUCCAGGUAUCCUACAGACUUUGAGACACCAUGCAAUACUUUCUACUUUUUAAAGGGCUGACGCGGUGCCUGGAUGCUGGGGUCUGCACUGACUAGGGGCUCGGGGGAGGCAGCCCAGGAGAAGCUGUGUGCAUGGGGGGAGGUGGG